AUGGAAGAGUAUAUGACUUUACUUCGUAUGUGCAAGCAACUUCGACUUGGAGGUGAGACUAAUGAAGAAGUCGUAGCUCAAGUUGAGGAAGUAUUGGAAUUUAAGGAUGUACCAGAUAACAAACGAGUUCAGCUGGUAGCAACUAUGUUUCGGGGAAGAGCUAAUUCGUGGUGGCAACAACACAAACUACAACGCUCUCGUAAAGGGAAGCAGAAGUUAGUUUCAUGGGAGAAGAUGAAGAAACAUAUGAGAGCAGAAUUUUUACCACACAACUAUAUCAGCUUGAUGUACCAGCAGCUACAAAACCUACGCAAGGGAACACGUUCUAUAGACGAGUACACGAAGGAAUUUUAUCGAUUACUUUCUCUUAACGAUUUGUCGGAGUCAGAUGAGCAAAGAGUCGCACGUUAUGUAGGUGGUCUCCCUCAGCAAUAUCAGGAUACACUUAAUAUGUUUGACUGUUGUUCUAUUUCGGAUGCACAUCACAGGGCAAGGCAGGUAGAAAAACAAUUGGGGCGUAGAAGUUCAAAUUGGGGUAACAAUGUAGCAUCUUCCCAAGGAAGUAAUCAUAGUACAUCAACAAGUAGUACUAUUAAUAAACCUAAUUCGGUGUCGACACCAAAUAAAACUCCAGGCAGCUAUUUUGGAGGCAAGUGUAAUAAGUAUGGUGAAACUGGGCACAAAGCCACUGACUGUCGCAAAGUAGAACGUGUGAACAAGGCUCUUUUCAAUGAGAACGACCGUGAAGUAGAUGAAUGGGUACCUGAAUAUGAAGAGGAUCCUGAGGAUGAUGCUGAACCUAAUGAAGAAGUAGUUACAGGAGAUACAGGAGUGAACUUUGUAGUAAGAAGAAGUUUUCUCACUCCACGUAAAGAUGAGGGCGACAACUGGUUACGUAAUAAUAUAUUCCAGUCGACAUGCACGAUCGAAGGAAAAGUUUGUCGUUUAGUUAUUGAUCCUGGAAGUUGCGAGAAUAUUAUUGACGAAGAGGUCGUGAAACGGUUCAGGCUAGAAACCAAGGCUCAUCCGCAUCCAUAUAAACUUUCUUGGCUUAAGAAAGGGAAUGAGGUAACAGUAAACAAACAUUUCUUGGUUUCUUUUUCGAUUGGUAACAAAUAUAAAGAUAAAAUAUGGUGUGACAUUACUAGUAUGGAUGCUUGUCACUUGUUGUUGGGUCGUCCAUGGGAGUUUGACAGGAAAAUUAGUCAUGACGGGCAUAAAAAUACCUACAUUUUUUAUGGAAUGAACGUUGAUAUGAAUUUACAUGUUCAACAUCUUCGAAAGUGCUUUCAACUCUACGUCGGGAAAUUGUUUGCAGCCAUCAAGAAGUGUUCAUUCAUGACUGACCGAGUUGUAUUUCUCGGCUAUGUCGUAACCAAGGAUGGAAUAAAGGUAGAUGAUUCCAAGGUUGAAGUUGUAAGAAAUUGGACUACACCCACUACAUUGCACGAGGUAAGGAGUUUCCAUGGUUUCGCUUCUUUUUACCGUCGUUUUAUUCAUCAUUUCAGCACCGUUAUGGAACCCAUUACUGAAUGCAUGAAAGUAGGAAAGUUUUCAUGGUCUGAGGAAGCUGACAAAGCCUUUGAAGCAGUCAAGACAAAACUAAUAACCGCACCACUAUUGGUGUUACCUGAUUUCAGCAAGCCGUUUGAAUUACACUGUGAUGCAUCGAAGGUGGGAAUUGGAGCUGUAUUGAGUCACGAAGGACGACCUGUAGCGUAUUUUAGUGAAAAGCUGAAUGGUGCUAAGACCAACUACAAUACUUAUGAUGUGGAGUUUUAUGCCAUAGUUCAAGCCUUGAAGCAUUGGCGACACUAUCUAAUUCAUAACGAGUUCAUUAUGUUUUCUGACCAUGACUCUUUAAGGCAUAUCAAUAGUCAAGAGAAGCUUUCAUCUAGACAUGGUAAGUGGGCUUCUUAUUUGCAUGAGUUCACUUUUGUACUGAAGCACAAAGCUGGGUCGCAGAAUCAGGUUGCUGAUGCCUUAAGCCGUCGGAGUAUGUUACUCAACACCAUGCGAACCGAGGUAAUAGAUUUUGAUUCAUAUUCUGCACAUAUUCUUACGGAUCCAAACUUUGUGGAGAUUGUAAAUGAUAUAAGUCUAGGAAAACGAAGUGAUUACCUUAUGCAUGAAGGAUUUCUCUUCAGAGGAAACCAACUGUGUAUUCCCGUUUCUAGUCUUCGGUUAAAAAAUUAUUAA